GACGCGAGCUGCACACCGUGACAAGGCAUCACCAUCACCCCCCCCACAUACACCAUCAACAAAAUGGAGAACCAAAAACCAGCCUGCUCGGGCUUCAUAAUUAGCCUGCUCUUCUACGUGUGCUUCUUCUUCUACUUCGGACUGUACAGCUUUGAAGUAAUUUUCAUCUUCUCCUCCAACAUGGACUAUGUCAUGCUCAGCGUCCUGCUAAUCACGACCAUUCUGUCCAUCUCCCUGGUCUCCACCGGAUUAGUACACACCUCCGUUUUUUUGGUGAUCGUCAUAUCAUUAGUGGAAAUGUACGAAUACCAAAACUCUUCGUUUGCGAAUGUAAUGGAUUAUAAGUUUAGCAAAGUGUUUUUAAUCAUUCGAAUAUUUGCCACCGUUAAUUUCCUGCUGUUUUACUACUUGCACAUGAGCAACCUCAAAAGGAAGAAGCAGGUGGACUUGGCCAAGUCAAGCUCGAGUGAGAAGAAGACACAGACGUACACGCAGACGCACGCGCAGACGAACGCGCAAACGGCGCAUGGAAGGAACUCACCGGAAUGCAAAACUGACGAUUUGAGAUAUGGCGGCGUACUGCCUGUUGGUGGAAAGUUCAUCCCAAAAGGGGUCACCCACACGAGCACGCUCCAGCACACGCUAGAUAACGACGACCCAUUGAAGAAAACACAAGUGAUAGAAGGGUAUAUAUUAAAACAUGUGACCAUUCCGAUUAUACAAAAGGAUGAGAGGCCUCAUCCUCCUCCUCCUGCGGUGUCCAGUCCACAGGGUAAAGUGUUUGAAGUCCCCCCUCACCAUCUUCCAUACAGCCACUACAGCGUCAAAAGUGUAGAUAGUAAUGCGCACGGGUUAGGAGCUAAUCAGCCGCUGAGCGGCGGCACCUUUGUCGAUGACGGCUUGGACGAGACCUACAGAAGGCAGUACAUCUCCCCGUGGGUAGUGCCCAACAACAGCAUCGGAAGCGGCAACUACAGCGGCAACUGCAGCGGAAACAACAGCGGUAGCUACACGACCGCCACCACCGCCGCCAACAGCAACAGCUUGUACGGAAACGACGUUGCCUUGGCGGGGGCGGAGAGUCAACAAGUGAAUAAAGGCCCCUACGGAAAUGCAACUGCUAACGCUUGCUAUAAUGGCGGCUUGAACGCUUACCCUGCGAAUAAGUUGCCCGACGAUAGGGAUCCAUACCAAGUUAGGCCUCAACAGAUGGGACCCUACCAAUCGGGUGUGUACCCAUCGGUGGUGUACCCAUUGGGGGAAUACCAAGCGGGGGCAUACCAAACGGGAGCAUACCAAACGGGGGCUUACCAAGCAGGGGCAUACCAAGCGGGGGCAUAA